GCCCAAAUGACGCAACCUCUGCAUUGCUUUCUCGCUGUGAUAUAUAAAUAAAUUCAUUUUCACACAUAUUUUCUAAUCAUAUCGUUCAUUGUUUAAAAAAAAAAUGCUUGAAUGAUUUGUUUCUUAAACACCAUGAAUGGGAUGUCUUAUUGAAACUAUUUAUGAAAUAAAAAAUAGUUAUGCCAUACUGUUUAUCAUUGACUAGGCAUUUUUUUUCAAUUCAACAAUUUGCCUUUGAAGAGUUGUGUAUGAAUUGCUUCCUUGGGUCUUGGGUGUUGGUUUGUCAAACAUAAUAUACCUUUCCGAGCAAGAUCUGCAAUUUGCUAAUUGAUUGGAAGCCGAGAAACUGUAAGAGAAAGCAAAGAAAUUGAAGCUGUAAGUCUCAGAUUUUUCUCGUUUGUUUUCAAUGCAAAAUGGUUUCCGGCAUCAAAAUCUUUUGUUUUCUCUAAACGUUCUAGCUGGUCCCAACGCCAGAGCUUUCCCACCCAACCAAAAAAAGAAAAAAAAAGAAAAAGAGAGUCGCCAAAUUCACGGGCAUCACAUUGUGUAUAGAAUGGAGGCUGUUGAAGAAGAAGAAGAAGAAGAUUCCGAGGAUUCAGUUUUUGCGGUUAUGGAUCAUAAGACUAAUGAUUUGGAAGAAACACGAAGUGGAUCGUUUGGCCGGUCAAGCAGUGCUGGCUCCUCAUUAAGAAGACGCUCUUGUGGUUUACCAGGUCCUGUGCCCCCUCAAAUGGAUGAUGACAUUGAGAGUGAGACUGUUUCACAGGCUGGAGAUAUUGGGGAUCGGGCACUUCACAGCAACAGGAUUAGUGAGAGUAGUAGCUUCCGCUUAUCUUUUGAUAACCUGUUAGACAAUGGAGUAGUGGUUCCCAUUCCAGAGAAUUCUUUAUUAAAACCACAUGAAAUUUGGUUUCGUGAUGCCACUGCAAAUACAGUCUCCCCUGCAUCUCCAUUGCCAUUAGAAAUCAUAUCUCCGCUUUCAUCAGAUGCCAUGGUAUACUCUGCAGACAAAGAUGAAGACAAUAAGAAAGAGUUGCCAUGGUUGGUGGAAUAUAUCUCAUGCCUCAUUCAUUUAGCUGUUCUUGGGAUUCUUGGGGCUUUAACAAGGUAUUUGCUGCAAAAAUUGUUUGGUCCUGGAGUUGCCAGCUUGACAAGCAACCAAAGCAUUCUGUACCUUGAUCUUCCUUCUAAUAUGGCUGGUUCUUUCUUAAUGGGAUGGUGGGGCGUUGUCUUCAAAGGAGAUAUAUCCAGUGUCUCAGAUCAGCUAGCCAUUGGAUUGACAACCGGUUACUUAGGAAGCCUUACAACCUUCAGUGGCUGGAAUCAGAAAAUGCUUGAUCUCAGUGUUGAUGGCCAGUGGGUUUUUUCUGUGCUUGGCUUUCUCAUAGGCUUGUUUCUUGCUGCAUAUUCAAUUAUUUUUGGUGUUGAGACCGCGAAGGGCUUUAGAUGGCUUCUUAAAAGGCUAAAUUCUGGUGGAAAACGUGGCAUCCUUAGAUCCAACGGCAACUGGAGGGUGGACAGCUGUAAACGUCACUUAGCAGUUAUGGUGGUGGGGAUGCUGAUCCUGGGCUUGUUAUAUAGUCUAUGUGGAAUAUUGGAGAAAAGAGAGUUUCAAAGCGGAAGCAGUGAGGCACAGCUGUGGUUGGGUUGCAUGGUUGCACCUCUAGGGGUGUGGAUUAGAUGGUGGUUGGCCCGAUUUAAUGGACGUGGGUUAGGAAAAGCAGGUUUGUUCAAAUGGGUUCCUUUUGGGACUUUGAUUGCUAAUGUUUCAGCAGCUUCUGUGAUGGCAGGACUCUCUACACUGAAAAAAGCGGUGGAUUCCAAAAAUUGUGAUACAAUUGUGACAGGUAUAGAGUUUGGAUUUUUGGGCUGUCUGAGCACCGUUUCUACUUUCAUUGCUGAGUUUAAUGCCAUGAGAGAGAGCCAUCAUCCCUGGAGAGCAUAUGCAUAUGCCAUGCUUACAAUAUUUCUCUCCUUUGGCUUGGGCACACUGAUAUACUCAGUUCCCGUCUGGACGAAGGGAUACGAUUAGAUUGUAGAGACCAGUUUCUUGUCUUCGAUCUUUGAUCUUUCCUUCAUAUAGGCUUGACAUCAACUCAACAUCAUGCGGAUUUUACAUCGUGCACAAACAAGAUCCUUGUGCUACCUGAGCAUGCCUCACAGGCCCCGAGGUGAACCUGUUGCUGGCACCAAAAAAUUGAGCUAGCCAAUCACAUUGUGCUCUAAUUCUGAUGCCGUGCUUCGAUAACGAAUAUGCUGUCUCUAGUGUGUUUUGUAAAGUCCAUACAAGUUGAGUUAGUUAUUGCUCAUGGAAAUCGUAGUGAUCAGAAUAGCCCGCUUUGAUUCAAACUUGAAGAUUAAAUGAGAGGUUAUAAAGUUUUUUCGUGGCUAAGAUCACGGGUGUAACAGGGAAUCAAAGUUUGUAGUGUAUGUAUGAGAUCUUUGCCGUGACAGAAUACAAAAGCUUAGAUCAUUGGUACGC